AUGCAUCGGGCAUAGACGUGACGAGUUACGCCCCCAGUCUCUAUACCGUUUUCUACAGGGGUCGAUGCAGAUAUUUUGUUUGGGCCAGUCAAAGUUGCCAAGUGACCCGACGUCGGAUAAAAUCGAGAGAAGAGGACACUGGACACGAAGUCUGCUGGCUGAAGGUCAUUUUGAUAUCAGAUCAAUAUCUGCUGUGAUGCCUCAGACACGAUGGGCCAUUAGGUUCCAAUGAGUUCUGCAUCAAAUCGCCUACUCUCUGCCUUGAAACCAUUUGACCAUCACAUGAGGCUCUAUGAGAGGAGCGCCACAGACUGAUUUUGGAUCAGAAUGAACUUUGCCUGUAGCUGUUUUGUAUCCAAACACACUGUGCAUCAAUAGGAGUGCUGCACAUGCUCAGUCGGGCCUGUCUGGUGUUUUGUAGUAUCAGCAGGAAGCAGUCCUUCCUCCUCCUCUUCCUCCUCCUCUCUCCUCCAGGAGCAUGCCCUCUGAGCCUCCUCCCAGCUCUCAGGACAUGCUGACAGGACAGAGGCUGUGUCAGUCCAAAUCCCACCAGGACUCUGUCCUCUCUGCCCUUAAUCAGCAGCGCAAAGACGGACUGCUCUGCGAUGUCACCCUGGUCGCCGGGGAGCAGAAAUUCCAUGCUCACAAGGCAGUUCUGGCAGCCUGCAGUGAUUACUUCCGGGCCAUGUUCAGUCUGUGCAUGGUGGAGAGUGAGGCAGAUGAGGUAACUCUCCAGGGUGUGACUAGCGUGGGACUGAAGAACGCACUGGACUUCGCCUACACAGGCCAGAUCAUGCUGGAGCCAGGAGUGAUACAAGAUGUCCUGUCUGCUGGAAGCCACCUUCAGCUGCUGGAACUGCUCAGCCUCUGUUCCCACUAUCUCAUACAGGAGCUGAACAGUUUUAACUACCUGGACCUAUACAGGCUGGCAGACCUCUUCCACUUACCGGCCCUAGAGGAAGCAGUGGUGGGCUUUCUGGUGGAUCACCUCUCUGAGCUGCAGAGGAACAGACAAGAGGAAGUGCUGCUUCUACCUUAUCGGCUCCUCAGGGAAGUGCUAAAAAGCGACCGCCUAACCUCCCUUAGUGAAGAGGAGAUAUGCCAGGUGUGGCAUGAGCUGAACAGUUUUAACUACCUGGACCUAUACAGGCUGGCAGACCUCUUCCACUUACCGGCCCUAGAGGAAGCAGUGGUGGGCUUUCUGGUGGAUCACCUCUCUGAGCUGCAGAGGAACAGACAAGAGGAAGUGCUGCUUCUACCUUAUCGGCUCCUCAGGGAAAAUCAGUGGUUAGCGCGCAGUCCCAUGUUGCAGAGGAGGGUGUACCAUGUGAUGGCGGCAGUAAAAAGGCAGCUGUAUGUGCUGGGGGGGAACGAUCUGGACUACAACAAUGACCGCAUCCUGGUUAGACACAUUGACUCUUAUGACAUAGACAUGGACCAGUGGACACGCUGCACCUUCAGUCUUCUCACAGGCCAAAAUGAGGCAGGAGUGUCCGUCCAUGAUGACAGAAUCUAUGUGGUUGGUGGAUAUUCGAUUUGGACAAAUGAACCACUUGCCUGCAUUCAGGUGCUAGAUGUGAGCACCAAGGGGAAAGAGGAGGUUUUUUAUGGGCCGACGCUCCCAUUCGCUUCGAAUGGAGUGGCGACGUGUUUCUUGCCUGCGCCAUACUUCACCUGCCCCAACCUGCAGACCCUACAAGUGCCACAUCACAGGAUAGGAGCUCUCUAACCUCUCCGCUCUUAACUCAUUGAGGACAUUCCCCCAAACACACUAUGAACCAAUGAAAUCAUGCAAGAGCCUAUUGUACUUCCACAUAUUGUGACUGGUGGAUGAAAUCAUCUUUGAUCAUACGUUGAUCUCAUAGAGCCAGUGUUCUGAUGGAUGUGGAAACCUUCGAAAAGAAGUUGAGUUUUUUUAUUGUCAAACUUCACUGACGUUCAUGCAUUUCUGAACUGGCUGUGCUGUGGUGCUGCAUCGUGCUAGUACAGUUUAACAAGCAAUGUGUAAAUCUGUCAGAAUGAUUAAGAGCCACUUUAUGGCCCAGUCCCAAAUGGUGCACUUGAUAUGAGCCUGCAGUCCGUCAAGUCCACAGGAUUGCAGGUUGUCCCAUUUAUCAUUUUAACAUAAAAAGGGUGUUCAUACCUCACAGUGAACUUUUACUCAGCAAUCCAUGCAGAAUUAAAUCAAAGGAAAUACACAAGAGCAGCAUUUGGGACAGGGCUGAAGUGUUAAGCACCUGUUUUCAUAGAUUCUUAGGACUCCAUCCACUCUCCAUUCUGACUUUAAUGUUCUGCCGCUUUUAUCCACACAUCAGUUGAAGUUCCUUUUCAUUCCAUGUCAUUUCUCAGCCUGUGACAAACAGUACUUUUUAUCAAAACUCAGGAUGAAGACCGUACAAUUGUUUACUGAACGUGUAUGACCACAGCUGAUGAUAAAUGCACACACAGCAUCUUAACAAUCUGCGUCAAUGGCGGCAUCUUGACUGUUCUCCAUCCUACCACCAGAAACCCAUUCCAUAAGAAAACAUGUAAG